AUGGAAGAUCAGGUUGGCCAAGCCACUUUUGUUUAUGCUGGAUCCUACAAAUCAGCAAGAAUUGAACUGUGGAAGGAGCUCCACCAAAUUAGAAGCUUGACAAACACUGCCUGGAUUGUUGGAGGAGAUUUCAACUGCAUUGCUUCACCUGCUGCAAAAAGGGGAGGAAGAAAUCCUUCUACUAAUAAGAUGACUGAAUUCAAUGACAACAUCAAUUCUGCUGGGCUGUUUGAUUUGGGAUUCAAUGGAUCGGAGUUCACUUGGAGAAGGGGAAAAAUUUGGGAGAGAUUGGAUAGGUUAUUGGCUAAUGACAGCUGGAUUCAGAAUUAUUUGCAAGCUGAUGUCACUCACCUUAGUUUGGCAAGGUCUGAUCACAGACCUAUGUUAAUUUCCAUCUCAGCCAAUGAACACAACAGUAGACCUCCCUUCAGAUAUCUUAAUAAAAAGACUGCUAAAGCUCUUAGUAAUUGGAAUUGGAGCACAUUUGGGAAUAUUUUGACUAGAGUGGAACAGGCUAAGAAAGAGCUCCAACUUCUGGAGGAAGGACACAGCAAGGGUCAGGUGGGAGAUUCAUUCCUUCUCGAAGCCAAUAAAAAGUUAUUGAAUGCUGUAGAAUGGCAAGAACAAUUCCUGAAACAGAAGGGAGCAAAGAACAAGUUCAUGGAUGGUGACAGAAACACUAAAUUUUAUCAUUCCUGCAUCAAGUAUCAAAGAAAAUGCAACACCAUUCACUCUAUCCAAGACAAUCAAGGAAAUUGGAUCAGAGAUGCUCAAGGGAUUGCUGACAGUGUUAUGGCCUACUGUAAAGACCUGAUGCAUUGUGAAUUAACUGAAAGACAGCAUGUGGAAUCAGAAUUGUUCCAAGAUGAGAAGGAUAUUUGUCCUGAUGGUUUCACUGUUGAUUUCUAUAAGAAGGCUUGGCAGGUCAUCAAAGUACAGAUUGUUGAAGCUAUACAGCACCACUUCAUGGGACAACCUUUACCAGACUAUUUCAAUACUGCUACCAUUAUAUUUGUCCCUAAAUCAUCAGUAAAAGAGUAUUGGAGUAGCUACAGAACUAUUAGUCUUACUAACAUUAUUAGUAAGAUCAUUAGCAAAAUUCUGGUUUUUAGAAUCCAACCCAUUCUUCAAAAUCUCAUUAGCCCCAAACAAGCAGCCUUUGUGAAAGGGAGAAACAUAGGGGACAACAUUAAGAUAGCCCAAGAGCUUCUAUUGGAUCUAGAUAAACCUUGCAGAGGGAGCAACAUGAUAUUUAAACUGGAUCUAAAGAAGGCUUAUGAUAUGAUCAAUUGGAACUUCAUCAAGGAGAUUAUGAAGGCUAGGGGUUUUACAAAAGACUCCUGUAAAAUCAUCCAAAGAUGGCAUGAAGGAAAUGUUAACAGUGUUUUAAUUAAUGGGAAAACCCAUGGUUUUUUUAAGGCUAACAGGGGUUUGAGACAAGGGCACCCUUUAUCUCCAACCAUUUUCAUAUGGGCUCUGGACUAUCUGUCUAAAAUCAUAGAUAAACCUGGCAACAGAAAAGAUUACAACACUUAUCUCAACAGAUCUAAACAAGACAUCAACCAUCUGAUUUAUGCUGUUGACAUCUUAAUUUUCUCCAGAGCUAAUAAGAAUGAUAUCAAACAUCUGUAUGCAGAUUUGCAAGAGUUCUAG